AUGGCCAGCAUGGACAUUGCGUCUAUCCUUCAGGGCGGCUACCAACAUCCGCUCUCGCGUUCCUGGCAGGCCAGACGGCACAUUACAAAAUCCAUGCUUAUGUAUCCAAUCUUCAUUACUGACGAUCCUGAUGCAUAUGUGGAGAUUCCAAGCCUCCCCGGACAGGCUAGAUGGGGCGUGAAUAAGCUGGAAGGCUUCAUCGGGCCCCUUGUACAGAAAGGAUUGCAGAGUGUCAUUCUAUUCGGUGUUCCUUUGAAUUGUGUUAAAGACGAUCGCGGUACCCCUGCCGACGACCCCUCUGGCCCUGUUAUCCUUGCGAUCAAGAAGCUACGCACCCUCUUCCCCUCACUCUACAUUGCAUGUGAUGUCUGCCUCUGCGAAUACACCUCCCAUGGUCACUGCGGCGUGUUCCGCUUGGAUGGUUCCAUUGACCAAGAACCAUCCGCCGCUCGCAUCGCGGAGGUGGCCCUCGCUUACGCUAAAGCAGGUGCCCACUGUGUUGCACCCAGCGACAUGAUGGACGGCCGCAUUAAGUCGAUCAAACGAGCGUUGAUCGACGCAGGGUACGGGAACCAAUGUACCCUAAUGAGUUACUCGGCCAAGUUUGCUAGUGCGUUGUAUGGUCCAUUCCGAGACGCGGCGGGCAGCGCACCCGCAUUUGGUGAUCGCAAAUGCUACCAGCUCCCUCCCCAAGCAAAGGGACUGGCUCGACGGGCAAUUCAACGCGACGUUGCUGAAGGCGCAGACAUUGUCAUGGUGAAGCCUGCCAUGCCCUACCUUGAUAUAAUUCAAGAUGCUGCGCAACUCGCGCCUGACCACCCACUCGCCUGCUACCAGGUGAGUGGCGAGUAUGCCAUGGUCGUCGCCGGUGCACGUGCAGGCGUAUAUGAUCUCCGUACAAUGGCCUUCGAGAGCGUUGAAAGUAUGGUCCGCGCAGGCUGCACCUUGAUCUUGACAUAUUUCACUCCUCAAUUUCUUGACUGGCUCUCUGAGUAA